CUUUUCUUCUUCGUUAAAGUAUAUUUGUAAUGGCUGAGCGGGUGUGUAAUCCACGUCAAACUGUCCUGGAGUCGUUCAUGCAAAAAACGUGGACUGACUCACCAGUCGAGACAUUGAACGCAACGCUGCAGGGACAAAGCUUCACUGCCUCUGCACACUGUGUUAGCCUCCCUGAACGUCUCAAUGCUAACUGGACGGCGUGUGUGUACAGUGGUGAUGGUGGCCGUCCCGACGGUGAUGGGCAUAGCCUCCAUCCGUGUGUAUACCGUGAGCGAAGUGCCCACUGAUGGACUGGUUACUCGAGAAAAGCUGAACCUCUACACACCGCUGCCACAGUCUGCUCAGGCCCGGUUCGUUCCAGAGAGGCCGGGUGUCAUUCAGAGUGGGUUAACGACAGCGAGGGAGCGCAUACUACCAUUAGUUCAGGCUGUUAAGGGUGCCUGUGUCUCUGUGAAAACAAGAAGUGUUAAUCUAUACUAUGCAGGAGAAGAUGUGUACUAUUACUUAAAAGACCCUCCCCCGGGGUUUCUACCCAGAUUUGGAACAGUCACCAUGGCUGGCCUGCUUGGCAUGUUCUUGGCACGGAAAGGCUCUCAUUUCAAGAGGUUAGCCGUUCCACUGGGCCUGAUGAGUGCAGGAGCAUCAGUGUGCUACCCGGCUCAAACGGUGGCUGUGCUGAAGGUGACAGGUAAGAAGGUGUAUGCUGUCGGGCAGUGGAGCAGCGCUGCAGUGUCUUCACUGCUCGCCUCCAAGUCCCAGGAGCCUGACCUCAAAGAGAUUGCUGCUUCACAACCACAGCCAGCUGCAGUAGUUGAGGAGGCCUCAGAGCCCAGCACCACCGAUGACAGCUCAGCCCAGAACUCUGCAAUCCCAGAGACAGAGGUUGAAUCAGCCGAGUCUGUACCCGUCUCUGAUGAGCCUGUUGUCGCUGUCAUAACAGAGGAGGCAUCAUCAGUAAAACUCACAGAGAUUAACCCCGACCAGACCCCAACAGGGACCGUUACAGAUCCAGUGGAAAAUUCAGUGCCAGAAGAGACAAAGGCCAUCGCAGCCUCUGAAGAAAUAACUGCAUCUGUUGAAAAUGAGAAGCCCUCAGACACAAAACAAGCAGCAAAGGAUGUUUCUACUGACGCCAGCCCAGCCGAGCCCACGCCAAGCUUAGAACCAGAGACAUUAAAGGCUUCUCCAGUGGAGUCCGCUUCAGCAGAGGCUGCUCCACUUGAGGCUGCUCCAGUGGAGGCCCCUGCAGUUGAGGCCCCUGCAGUGGAGGCCCCUCCAGUGGAGUCUGCUCUAGUGGAUGCCUCUCCAGUGGAGUCCGCUCCAGUGGAGUCUGCUCCAGUGGAGUCUGCUCCAGUGGAGUCUGCUCUAGUGGAUGCCUCUCCAGUGGAGUCCGCUCCAGUGGAGUCUGCUCUAGUGGAUGCCUCUCCAGUGGAGUCCGCUCCAGCCGAGACCCCUGCAAUGGAGGCCCCUGUAGUGGAGGCCGCCCAAGUUGAGACUGCCUCGAUGGAGGCCUCAAAUGAGCCAACAGUGCCGGUUGUUGAAUCAGCCGAGCCCGAAGAACCUGCUGUUCAACCUGAGUUAACUGACCCACCACAAGUUGCUGCUGUGGAGGAGACACUCACACCACCUCAACAGCCUGAGCAAGAAAACAACAAAGGGGGCUCCGGUUUCAAGCCAGACCCUGCUCUAAUGGACUUUGGCCAGUCCAACCCUGAGGAUGAGGACCUGUACAGCACACGCAGCUGAGAGCCCACAGCCGGCGGCAGCAGAAAGCUCAUUCCCACACUGCCAUCUCGUAUCUCAUUCAGAUCAUCAGACGCUCUGUAUCAUUAUGCAGUGUAAAUAGGUCAUUUUGCAAGAGUUAGGAAGUCUUUCAUCACAUUUCUGUUCUUGUUUCUUCAACCCACAUCAUUUAUAUUUCCACGGAAAAGGUCCAAGUAAGUUUGUUUUGAAGCGGCAGGGCAGCAAUCCACUUGAGAACUGAGUCAGUUUGCGUAGGACAGAAACAUGGAAAAAUAUUACACCCACAACUGUUAACAAGCCUUUUCAAUCACAGAUGGCAGAUUGUGAAUUUUUCUCUCUGUAUGUGUCGUUUAACAAUUAUUGGCUUUUGUGCAACAGCUUUCACAGUCAUGAGUGCAUGGUGCUUUUAUUUAUUGUAAUUGCUUAGGUAUGCUGAAAAUACUGCAUCUGGGCUGGUAAUCAUUACAACGUGGAUUGUUGCUGAUUCAUUUUAUGACAUCACAAAAUGUUCAGUUGUUUAGAACCAAAAAUAAAUCUAUA